AAUCAACUCUUCACUGCAUUUCUCGCCUUGUUAAUAGUCAGACACUAGUUGAUGGUAAUUUGCUCCCGCUCAUCACACAUGACACAGGACUGUACACCUCUGCUGACUGAAUCCAUACAGCCAGGGUAGUCAUUUCGUGGUCUUGUAGGGGAUGGCAUCUGUCGCUUCCGUGGGAACUCUCUCCAAUAGGAAUCACACAGCAACAAGCUCGCUUUAAAUGCGGACAUGGGUGUUUCUCCAGGCAUGCAUUUCCACGCAUUUUUGUUCCUGGCUUUACAAUUCCGACAGUGAUCGCCACAUUUAACACCGUCAUGUUUUAGCUUUUCUCAUGCCACUCUGAUAACUUUACGUGCCAAGACUUUUGUGUGGAUUAUUACGCCUGAAUUUGCAGGAAUGGUUCACAGGAGCGUGCCGCGUCCUCCUGCGUUUAGGAAACAACUUCAGACAGCUCCGGCUUUGACCAUGCUCACCACCAGUUUCAUGAUUUAUUAAAAAAAAACAAAAAAAAAAACAACAACAACAAAAAAAAGAGGGUGAUAAUGAGCAACCACAAGGGCGGCGGGAUGGCAUCGAAGGAACGGCUGUAUGAGCUGUGGAUGUUAUAUUACACAAAGAAAGAUGUGAGCUAUCUGCAGCAGUGGUUGGAGGCGUUUGUGGCGUCCUUUGAGAGGCUCAUUGAUGUGCAGUCACUGGAGCCUCGAAGGCUGGAGGAGUGCAGCUCGGAGGUGCCCUUGCUCCCCAGGGAGGUCCUGGUGUUCCUCAGAACCCAGCUAAGUGACAGUACGGUGCACCUCUCCGCCAUCACUGAGCACAACAGCAGCACCCCACACCCCCUGCUCCUCAUCAAGUUCUUCAUCAUUGUCUGCAGGAAUAUGGAGAACAUCGACCCGGACAAGACCCCUGGUUUUGUUUUCGAAACCAUCAAGCUUUUGAAUGUCUGUUUGGACCAGCUAAAGACGGGACAAGGGGAGCAGUCGUCUCUGCAGCUGGUUGUGCAGUAUGGACUUGUGCUCUGUGAAAGUCUGUUUGACCCUUAUCAGACAUGGAGGAGACGCCUGGCUGGGGAGGAGGUGAGCUUGCUGGAAAGGAACAAGUAUAAGUUCUCCCCGCUGGCCUUGCCAGAGGAGCUGCCUGCUCUCUUCCAUGAAAGUCUCCAGGAAAGUGAGAAGAUCCCAGAGCUCCUCACGCUCAGAUUGGUCCAUCUCCAGGGUGCUGUCAUCAGUGGAGGAAAGAAGAAUGGCCUUCUCUCCAUCACCCCUCACUCUGUUGAGGACCUGUUCUCUGUUCUGCGAGCGUGGUGCUGCCGGACCUUCACCGAACCCAAGGCCAUGGGGCUCCCACGGUUGACCUUGCAGUGCCUGACUGCGAUGAUCCACCUCCUGCACUCCAGCAGCCCUGCAGAGCGGCACGUGGAGAUCAGAACAAUACUGGAGAGCUUCUUCCAGCUCCUCAACUGGAACCGUCCGCUUAGCAGUGACCAGCAAGACAGGCUGACCUGGGAAGAGAGCCUGAUCUCCCUCCAGAGCCAAAUGCUAACCGCUGUUCCUGAAAUUCUGCAGUGCUCUGACAGACCAGUCCUGCAGGCUGUGUUCCUCAACAACAACUGCUUUGAACACAUCCUUAGGCUCAUUCAGAACAGCAAGCUCUUUCAGAGCAACAGGCGUAGGCCGGAGCGUGAGGUUAACUGUGACCUCACUACAUGUUUACUCACAGAGGUCGAAGUGGACCAGGUUUGGGAGAAAGGAGCAGACAGUAUUACAGUCCAUGCUUUAGGAGUCCUCACAGCUAUAAUGAGUAACUCACCCUCUGCUAAGGAGGUUUUCAAGGAGAGGAUUGGCUACUCCCAGCUAUUUGAUGUGCUAAAGAGUCAAGGUCAACCCACCAAAAGGCUGCUGCAGGAGCUGAUGAACAUGGCAGUGGAGGGUGAGCAUGCCCACGCCCAUCACCUUGGCAUUAGUAACGACCAGCCUUUGCUGCUGCUCCUGCAAUGGUUGCCUGACCUUUCAGGUCAGAGGGACCUUCAGCUGCUGGUGGCCCAGUGGCUGGCUGCCGUCUGUGGUGGCUCUUUAUCCUGUCGCACCGUGGCUGUGGAGGCAGGCAUGGUGGGGGCUCUGCUGCAGGUGCUCUCACAGCCCAAGAGUCUGGACAGGCAGUGUGCAGACGCCCUGCUGGGCCUCCUGCAGGACCUUGGAUCCCUGUGUCUGAGACCAGAGGAGCUGAAGAACCUGCUCAGAUUGCUUAGGGUGGAUCAGGACAAUGGUGCAGUGGUGGGGAAGGUGCACCCCUACUGCACUCGCGUCAUUCGAGUGCUCUCAGCCAUGGCAGCCAGAGAAGGCCAAGACAGUGCCUUGCAGUACUUCGAUCUUACGCCCCCAAUGGCAGGUAUUAUGGUGCCUACAGUCCAGCGUUGGCCAGGCAGUGGGUUUGCUUUUCAUGCUUGGCUCUGCCUCAACAUGGAGUUCUCCAACAACCGUAAACCUCCUGUCAACUCUGGCACAGGGACUCAGCACGAAAUGGGAAAAGGACCACGCAGGAAACAGCUCUACAGUUUCUUCACAGCUAGUGGAACUGGGCUGGAAGCCUUCUUCACCAUGGAGGGUGUGCUGGUGGUGGCUGUUUGCACUAAGAAAGACUACAUGGCUGUCGCACUGCCUGAGCACCCACUAGCUGACUCAUGCUGGCAUUCAGUGGCUAUAGUUCACAUCCCGGGCCGUCGUCCAUUUGGUCAAAACUUGGUCGCCGUCUACAUCGAUGGCGAGCAACGUAUAACUGCUCAGCUGCGCUUUCCAUCUUUCAGUGAGCCUUUUACCUCCUGCUGCAUCGGCUCUGCAGGAAACCGGACCACUACCACCACCAUCUCCCCCAACCUGCCCAUGUCCUCAUCCUCCAACCCAUCAUCACCUGAGUUUGCUUUCCCCUCCCAUGCUCCCUCCCUCAUCCGUUCCCAGUCAUUCCCAGCCUCCUUUGCGGGAGGCCGCUGGGGGUCUUUUGGAGACUCCCCAGUGCACACCAUCCCAGCUGGACUGCAGGACACAGAGUGGGGAACACCAACGUCGCUGGAUGGGCUCCUGGGCACCGCCUUCAUCUGCCACGAGACUCUGCAGCCGGCACAGACGAGAGCUCUGCAUGCUGCAGGCCCCAAUCACGUGUCCUUAUUCAAAGCGGAUGGAGAGUUAUCUGAUCUCAACAGCAGGCUUCUGCUCUACUACACUCCACAGGCCUUCAAGAGCCAGAUAUGUCUGGACCUGUCGCCCAAUCACCAGUAUGAUGGCAGGCUGACAGGGCACAGGGUAGUGAACUGGGACAUCAAGGAUGUUGUAAAUGUGGUAGGAGGGGUAGGGGUUUUGCUGCCCCUGCUCGAGCAGGUAUGUGAGUCCGAGCCGAUUUACAACGGCGGUCAGGAGAUCUCAGACCUGCUGGGACCAGAGCUCACCUCCUCCAGAGGCCCCGCUGCCAUGCUGCUGCCACUGAACAAGUCUGCAGAGGGCAGACUAGAGAGAAACAGCAUCGCUGCCUUCCUGCUGAUGGUGAAAAACCUGAUUCGUCAUCACCCUGUCAAUCAGGAGAGCCUGCUGCACUGCCAUGGGCCGAGCAUCAUAGGAGCCAUGCUCAGCAAAGUUCCUGGCAGUAUGAUGGACAUGAACGUUUUAAUGGCAUGUCAGCUGCUGCUGGAGCAGGUCUUCAACGAGGGCAACAGCCCACUUCUACAGCAACUCUACCAGCACCUGCUCUUUGAUUUCCGCAUCUGGACUAAAAGCCAUUUUGCUGUUUGUCUGGCCCAUGUGCAGUAUCUCUCAUCUGUGAUAAACAAAGGCAAGCAGCGCAUGAAGAGGAAGUAUGGGGUCCAGUAUAUCCUGGAUACCAUUCGCACGUACUACAGUGUGGAGAAAGAUGGCAGCUCUCUGUCUGACGAAAAGCAGACGAUUCAAAACUCUCUGUUCGGCUUGCUGAAAGACUUUCUCAAGUCUCCUACACUAGAGGAGCUUCACAGUGUCCUUGCCUACAUUCUGACUGUAGGAGAGGAGCAGCAGGCGGUGAGGGCCCUGGAUGUGCUGUAUGAACUCUUGAGGAGCAGCCCUCCUCGUGAGCAGGUGCAGGCGGUGUUGCUGGAGUGGGGCGUGGAGCAGCUGUACAGCUUGCUGCUCACUCCAAGCUUUGGAGACGAGGCCAGAGAGAGAGUCUUCAGGGUUUUAUACAAAAUCCUCAAAAGCGAGCGAGUGUCUGAGCGCAACAAGCAGCGCAUUAAGCUGAAAGAUUUUGGCUACCUUGGCCUGGUGUGUUUCCUUGAAGACAUUCCAGUAACCAUGACCACUGUGCGAUGUCUGUACGAGCAGGUCCUUGCUACAGAUGCCAGCCCUAACUUCAGAGACCUCCUGGCUGUGGUCUGUCUGUCCCAUCGAGCUGAGCUCACUGUCCGCUUAGACGUCUGUCGCAAGCUCUUUCAUCUGAUCUAUUCCAAUGAGGAUUAUGUGAAGCAGCUUGCUAAGCAGCCCGGCUGGCAGGACGUGCUCACCAAGCUCUAUGUGAAAGAGUCCUACGAGUCCCACGCGGCCAGCAUUGCAGACUCCAGCACCCACAGCUCCUUCGAACCAAACUUCCGGCCACCGCUGCACAGGGAUCAGGCUCUGGUCAUAGAGGAGGCAAGCACGGACAUCUUCCUGAGCUACCGCACCUCACAGGACAUCGAGGAUGAGGAGGAGGAUGAAGGUGGUCAGCGGGACAUCUCUGAGGGAUUCUGUGAUUUAUCCCAGUCGCCUCCAAGUGGAGGUGGAGGCCCGCUUAAGAACUUCACAGGCUCCCUACAUUUUAAGUCAUUUGAUUCAGUGGACCAGGGGAGCCACUCGUCCUCCAUCUCCAAUGCAGUUGAUAUCGCCUCAUCUCGCCCCGACGAGGAGGGGAGAGACUACCAGCCCCUCUCGCCCUUUGGUACAUCACCCUUUGAUUUGGAGCUAGGGGGCAUGGGGGAGACUGGCCCACACACUCCUGCAGGUAGUCUGACAAACACACCAUCUCCUCUAGAGCACUGCAAACCUUUUCCACCGCUCAGACCCAGGAAGAGCUCCAGUCUGUCCAAUGUACUGGAUGAUACCAGCUACGGGACAGACCCUCCUACUGGGGAUACAAUCUCCAACACGUCCAACCCACAGCAGACCCCAGAAGAGGAGCUGUGCAACCUGCUAACAAACAUCAUCUUUUCCGUGCUGUGGAGCCGCAGUGGGGUGGAUGGGGCAGAGGAUGCGGUGUGGAGAGAGCGGGGACAGGUCUUUUCUGUCCUCACCAAACUGGGCUCCUCCUGUCAACUGGUCCGCCCUCCCGAUGACAUAAAACGCAGUCUGUUGGAGAUGAUGCUGGAGUCGUCCCUGUCAGACCUGAGGGACGCCCAGGGAGUGUCUCUGCCUUUCUGUCCCAGUCUGGUUCGGCUCCUCAGGCUGCUGCAGGACUUCCUGUUUGCUGAGGGUACAGACAACCACACACUGUGGAGUGAAAAGAUAUUUGAAGGGGUGGUGAACCUGCUGGACAAGUUGAAGGCCUGGCACAGCACCCCUGGUAGCCCAGGCAACACCGAGCUGAAGGAAAUGGCCCAGAUAGGCCUGCGUAUCAUCACCGGAUACAUCCAACGACAGCACCCACCGAUGUGUGAAAUGGCCUACUUGAAGCUCCACUGCCUUCUCCAGACCAUGUUGUGUCUGAGCUGGGAGGAGGUGUGCUUCCUGCUGGGGCAGUUGGGUGCCCCCCUGUGGCCAGGAGGUGUAAUUGACAAUUGUGGACAUGCAGAGACUUUCCCCCAGCUGGUGCCUAUUGUGCGGACGCUGCUUGACCAGCAUGCUGACCCCGUCACCCUCCAAAACCUACUGCCAAACCUGCCCAUCACCAAUGGCAGCACCACCUUCGCCCAGGACCUGAAGGCUUAUUGCCUUACAGCGGAGUGGCAGGGGUUUUACCAGCAGCAGGUUCGGCCCACCAUGGAGCAGUAUGAGCUGGACACAUUUGGGAGGAGCCAUGACAUCAUGUCUAAUUUCUGGAAUUCCUGCUUUGAUGACCUGAUGAGUACAGCCUUCAAACGAGACAAAGACCGAUCAGACAGCAAGUCUAAGUUUCAGGAAGUCAUUGUGGACCCCUAUCUGAAGAGAGUCAGGAGUGAGAACAACAGGUACCUCAGUUGGCAGAAGCAGAGCUCCAGCCAGCAGGGGGUGGUGUGGCAGCACUGGAGAGCUCUCCGCAGGCUUUUGACUAGUGAGAGAGGAGCAUGGGCAAACAGAGUUCAACCAGAGGUGAAACUGAAAUUGUCCGGUGCAGAGACCUAUUCUAAGAUGCGUCUCAAACUUGUGCCCAACCACAACUAUGAUCCUCACGGUGAUGCCAGUGCCCAGAGAGACAACAUGGGAGCUGACAGCCCUCGUAGCUCUGAACCCCUCCCAUUGGCUGUUGCAAAGGAAGCAAAAGUGAGCGACAUGGAGGAUGAUCAGUUAGGAGAAGAAGACGUCGUCUUUUUGGAUGACAAGGUGGAGGGAGAAGACGAAAGCCAGAAAGAAAAACUGGUUCUGUCUGAAGACUGUGAGCUCAUCACCAUUGUGGCGGUUGUUCCGGGUCGUCUGGAGGUUACCACACACCAUCUUUACUUCUAUGAUGGCAGCAGUGAGAAAGAAGAGACAGAGGAAGGAAUCGGGUUUGAUUUUAAGAGACCCCUGUCUCAGCUCAGGGAAGUCCAUUUAAGGCGCUACAACCUGCGACGAUCUGCACUGGAGCUAUUCUUCAUCGACCAGGCUCAUUAUUUCAUCAACUUCCGAAAGAAGGUACGAAACAAAGUGUACUCAAGGAUCCUGGGGCUGCGGCCUCCCAACCUGUUUUACUUCGGCUCUCGCUCCCCCCAAGAGCUACUGAAGGCAUCGGGGCUUACACAGAAAUGGGUCUGCAGAGAAAUCUCAAAUUUUGAGUAUUUGAUGCAACUGAACACCAUUGCCGGACGCACUUACAACGACCUCUCGCAGUAUCCUGUGUUCCCCUGGGUCUUGUGUGACUAUACCUCUCCCAUUCUGGAUCUGGAGGACCCAUCAGUUUUCAGAGACUUGUCCAAACCCAUAGGUGUGGUGAACCCCCGCCAUGCGCAGAAUGUCAGAGAAAAAUAUGAGAGCUUUGAGGACCCAACAGGCACCAUCGACAAAUUCCACUAUGGCACACACUACUCUAAUGCAGCAGGAGUCAUGCACUACAUGAUCCGCAUGGAGCCAUUCACAACCCUGCAUAUCCAGCUGCAGAGUGGCAGGUUUGACUGCGCAGACAGACAGUUCCACUCGGUGGCAGCAGCCUGGCAGGCUCGUAUGGAGAGCCCAGCUGACGUCAAAGAGCUCAUCCCGGAGUUCUUCUACUUUCCAGAAUUCCUGCAGAACAUGAACGGCUUCGAUCUGGGACGUUUGCAGAUAUCUCAGGACCCAGUGACAGAUGUUCUGCUGCCUCGCUGGGCCACAUCGAGAGAAGACUUCAUCAGGAAACACAGAAAAGCCCUGGAAUGUGAGCAUGUGUCCAGUCACCUUCAUGAGUGGAUUGACCUGAUCUUUGGUUACAAGCAGAGAGGCGAAGAGGCAGUAAAUGCCCUCAACGUCUUCUACUACUGCACUUAUGAGGGUGCAGUAGAUCUGGAUGCAAUUGCCAAUGAGACAGAGCGUAAGGCUUUGGAAGGCAUCAUCAGCAACUUUGGACAGACCCCCUGUCAGCUCCUUAAGGAGCCCCAUCCUCCUCGUAUGUCAGCUGAGAACGCAACGAGGCGGCAGGUCCGCCUGGACACUAUGCCCCUGAAUAUCUUUGAGCAGCUCAAAAAACUUCGGCCAUUUGUGGAGGUGGUAAGUGAUGGACUUCCUCUGGUCCAGGCAGUGGUACCAAAGAACCAGAAUCGCUCCUUCAUUAUCCAGGGCUCAGAUAUACUGGUAACUGUAAGUUCAAAUGGGUUGAUCGGGACACACAGCUGGCUGCCGUACGACAAAAACAUUGCCAACUACUUCACCUUCACUAAGGACCCCACCAUGACUAAUCCCAAAACACAGCGUUUCUUGAGCGGCCCUUUCUCUCCCGGGGUGGAGAUCAGUGCUCAAGUGCUGGUGGUGUCCAACGAUGGCCGUCUGCUGUUCAGUGGGGGACACUGGGACUGCAGUCUCCGUGUCACCCAACUGGGGAAGGGCAAGCUGGUGGGCAGGAUCUGCCGGCACAUUGACGUUGUUACUUGCUUGGCUCUGGAUCUUUGUGGCAUCUACCUCAUCUCUGGUUCAAGGGACACAUCCUGUAUAGUGUGGCAGGUUCUACAGCAGGGUGGCUUCUCCAGCAGCCUGUCUCCUCGGCCGGUGCAGGUUCUCUGUGGACAUGACCAGGAGGUCACCUGUGUGGCCAUCAGCACUGAACUGGACAUGGCUGUCUCAGGGUCAAAGGAUGGGACGGUGAUAGUGCACACUGUCCGACGAGGCCAGUUCCUGAGAACACUGCGACCUCCAGGUGAUAGCUGUGUACCUGCACAAAUCUCUGAGCUCCAGGUGGGCAUGGAGGGCCACAUUGUGGUACAGACCUCGCUGAAGGAGCGCUCUAAUAGAAAGGGCAAGUACUCCAUUCAUGUUUACUCAGUAAACGGUGGUCUGCUGUCCUCUGUUACCAUGGAGGAGCAGGUGACUGCUCUUCACCUGGUGUCUGAAUACAUCAUCUUGGGGACCAUGCAGGGCAGCCUCCACAUACAGGAUUUAUGCAGUCUGGACGCUCUGGUAACACCGCUGGCCUUGAAGGUUCCUGUGAGGAGUGUGUCUGUCACCAAGGAGUGCAGCCACAUCCUGGUGGGACUAGAGGACGGGAAGUUAAUUGUGGUUGGAGCAGGAAAGCCAGAGGAGGUUCGCUCAGGACAAUUCCCCCGUCGCCUGUGGGGCUCCACACGCCGCAUCUCUCAGGUGUCGUCAGGUGAAACUGAAUACAAUCCCACUGAGAAUGCUGGCAAAUGAGAUGAGCAAUGGUGGAGAAAUUCUGGGAUACCUGCACAGCCAAGAUGCUCGUCAGACUCAACAAGGCCUUCCUUCCUUUACAUGCUGGGAAACUAUCCUCCUCAGCCACUGAUCUCUCUGAGAGAGCAACUAUACACUGUGCACUUUUUUUUUUAUUCUUGAAUGAUUUGAUAUUUUAUUGCGUAUUUGAUUUACAGUUGUGUACUAUUUUUAAUCAGCAUCAUUCCAAAGAGUGGCCUUGUUUUGUGGAAGGAGAAGAGCUCCUUUUUGAGGUUGUGAACUGCUGUUGAACUGUAUUGUUGGUGAGUCAUAUUUAAGGGAUGUGACUCAUGCUGAUGCACAUACAGCCUCAGAGACAGAGAGAAGUAACGCUGUGAACUCCACAGACUCCAUGUUCUUGGCUUCUUUAUUGUGAGAGGAACAGCUGUGAUCCCUGUGCUGUUGAAUGUCCCAAAGCCAUUGUUUGGCAAUGACACCUUCUUAAAACUCCUGGAAACUUGAAAACUACUGUAGAUGUUGCUCGAGAUUUCCAUAUUGCAAUACUAGUAAUUACCACAAGAGGGUUGACUGUGUAAAGAAAGACAUGGGGUAACUGAUCACUAGUGAACCAAUGCUGUGUUGUGAUCUUUAGCGGUCGUCAUCAGGAUAAUCCUUGCACCAGAUGUGCACCACAAUACCACAGUAUGUUAUCUAAUCAAUCUUUAGGCUCUAAGCUAUGUAAAACUGUUACAGUUAAAGCAAUAACUGCUUUAAUGGUCAAGUAUGUGGAAUACAUUCACUUUUUUUAUCAUGAUCGUGGAGCUUGGAUGCAAUGAAACUCAAGAGGAGAGCCUUCUGAUGCCUUACACACAAUGGAGUAAAGGCCUUUACAAAUGUGUCUGUACUAGUUCUGUUCAUCACAUGACUGUAUCCCUGUUUUAUUUGAUCUAAAAAGUGCCUUUUUUUAGCUUGUGUCUUGAGCCAUGUAUAAACACUGAAUUCCAGUUAUCUGUUUCUAUUUAAAAUCACUAUAUGUUACAUUUUAUCCCUGCUGAUCAGAUUUGAGCACACCUUACUACUCCCACUAUGACUAAGAUUUCGGAUAGGAUAUUAAUGAAAUCUGUUGCUAGAUGCACAUACUUGCCUGUACUGGUAUUGUGCUGUUUAUGAAGCGCUGAAAACAUCUGAUGACUCUCUGAAACGCGUAAGCAGAAAGUCUGUGAGUGAGCUUCAGAGGAAUUCACUUCCUGCCAGCUUCUUUUACUGUGGUUAGAACAAAGUAGUUGUUAUGCAGUGUCAUGAUGGGAGAGACAAAGGGAACUAUUUGGGCGAAUGCAAUACCCAUAACAUGGUGCACACAUAAAAAAAAUCACCUAGUCUUUGUAAGUGAUGCUCAGAAUAACCUUAAGUGUAAGUAAGUAUAAAAGAAACUAUAUUUGAAAUGUUUACUUAUCAGUUCAUCUGCUUUCCACCCUGGAAAUACACACAAUCAGUGCAUUCAGCCUGUCUAAAACACAUUUUAUUCAAAUUAUACAACUGUAAGAUGAGCUAAGUGUAUGUAAUAUAAAGGAGUGUUUGCAUACCGGUAAGUAGCUGUUCACAUUUGAUAAUCUAGUUUGCUAUUGUGCAUACUGAUAUCGAUUCGUGUAACACCACUCUGUUUUGCUCUUAGUGUUAUGGAUGUAAUGUUUCACCUAAUUAAUCAUGCAGAAACGCUCAGAGCCUUCAGUUUAAUCGAAAUGGAGGCUUCCUUUUAGAAUUGGGUCUAUACAAUAACAGAAAGUAGGUUUAAGUCAUACUGUAUAUAAUGUGAUGUUACUUGUUGUUCAGAUGUCCUGGUUUUAGAUUUAAAGCGACACAAAAAGCCUUAAAUGAAGGCCAGCACUGCCUUGAAUUUGGACUUGAUCCAUUUUUCUUUAUUCACUAUUAUUUAGUCUUUGUAUUGUUCUUGGAAGAUGUUGAAAAUACACUUUUUAAAAAUCAA